AUGUCUAGUAAAAACGUCGUCUUCGACGCCAUCAACGACCGCCUAGGUGAUCUUCUCCGUGCUCAUAAUGUGAACGCCGCUCUGCUUGGAAAUACCUGGAUCGAAACUGCCGAGCGAGAAUAUACCUAUCUCAGUUUAGCUGGGAAAUACACCCCCUUUGUCGAGUGUAUGGAGAAGCUCUUCUACCGUAUUCUCUGGAUGGCUGAUAUACCCGAGCCUCGGCAGUUUGCCACCCAUGAGGACAUCAAAUACAUGAUUAACGGCUAUCAGCAUUUGACCAUGCGACCUGGAGCGGUCGAAUGUAUUGCCAAACUUCGCGAUGCUGGGUUUACGGUCUGGGCGUUGACUGCUGCGGAUCUUGCCAGUGUCGCGGGAAUCUUCCAACAAGCAGGAGUUGAGCUGCCUUCUGAGAAUUUAAUAUCCUGUGAUACGAAUGGAGUUGGUAAACCUGAUCCUCUCGCAUACAAGCCGUUAUUCGAUCAGUUGUCACAACAAGGUAGACCAUGGUUUGCUGCCGCCCAUGCAUGGGAUGUUACGGGUGCAAGAAAGGCUGGAUUCCGAACGGCAUACUCAUCGGUGUUGGAAAAAGAGGCAAUCCCCGACUUAUUCGGGGAGAUGGAAGUGACGGCAGAUGCGCUGCCAGAGAUGGCAGAGAAGAUCAUCGCUCAGAGUGCGUAA